AUGUCACAUCGAUUUGAGAUCGGGGUCCAUGUACUAUAUAAUCAAUGGAUGGUAGAGGAAAUUCAUGAAACUACACCCUCAAAUCGUAUUAAAAGGCCAUCAUAUUCAAAACUAGCCGAAUGGGUAAAAAUCGCAUGGGAAACUCUUGAUCCAAAUUUAAUUAAAAAUUCAUUUAAAUGUUGUAAAUUACUGUUGUAG